AUGUUCCACGAUUGCAUGUCCAGCAUGCAGGCGGACGGCUUCCGCGACCUCGUCCUCGUCGGGUCCGGAACCCAAGGAAGUGUCUACGGCUCCUUUGACGAGAAGCUAGACCGCAUGGUCGUCGUCAAAAAGAUUGAUGCCUCAACCCCCUCGCAGCAAGAGCAGCUGAAGAACGAAAUCAUCGCCCUCAGGGGACGCACCCACCCCCAUAUCCAGCCCAUCCUGUACGCCCUCCUAAGACCGCAAAUGACCCUCGUCGUCACGCUCCCGGCAAGAGGCAAUAUCCACACAAUCAUGCCCAUGCGCUACGACCUCGUCACCCAAACAUCCGCCUUCUACACCAUGACGGUCCAGUUGCUCUCCGCCCUCGACUUCCUCGAGCGGGAGGGCAUAUCCCACGGCAACAUCAAGCCCACCAACGUCCUCGUCGUCGAGACCGCCACCCGCUACCGCUGCUUCGUCUUCCAGCUCGUCGACUUUGCCUACGCGCAGGGCACGUACGAGGCCCCGCCGCACAACUGCCGCAGCGCCGCGGCGGCGGCGGCCAUCUACAAGGCUCCGGAGACGUGCUGUUAUGCCGAGUCGUCGUCGUCGUCAUCGUCGUCGUCGUAUUACCCGCUGGGGCCCAAGGAGGACGUCUGGUCGCUCUUCGUCACGCUGGCUGUGGCCUGCGGCCGGCUGUCGGAGGCUGAACUCAUCCGGAGGGGUCUCGUGGCGGCGUCUCGCGAUGUUGUUGAGGCAGGGGUGCAGAUGAGCGAGCUGGAGGACAUGGCGCGGCUGAAUCCGAUGUUGAGGGCGUCCGCCAGAGAGGUGUUGGCUCAUUUGAUGCCUGAGAGUCUGGAGGGAACAGACAGAGCUCUUCUUGGUGAGCGCGGAGAGGCGGGGUGUACAGAAUUCAACGACGCCGAAUCGUACGGAUAUAUAGAUGGCCCGUAUGACUUGUCGUCUACGCCUAGUCCACGAGCAUCACCAGCUCCGGGACCGCCAAUGUAUGAGCAGUACACCCAUCUACCGCCAGUCGACAGCAGCCCGGAUGCCUCGCCUCCCCUUUCGAUGAACGCAAUGUCUCCUCCUCCUCCGCCGUAUUCACCCCCCUACCCAUUCCAACAAGCACUACAGCCUCUGGAGCCUCAACCUCAAUCCACCACCCAGCACCAUGCCGUCGGCCAGCGCUGUCUCGAAAGCUGCUGCAACACCCCCCGUUCACUCCCGGCGUGGACCACCUCGGCCUCCAUUUCCGCUACCAUCUUGACGUCCAUUUCGGUCACCGCCAGACUCGCCCCUUACAAGCCCCUCAGCCCCAUUGCACCGAGCUUCUUCCCCGUGUCGAGCGCCCGCCAGACGUCGACCACGCAACAGGCUUCCCUCACGGAGACGUGGAGCAUUUGGGGCGUUUAUGGCUCUAGGGAUAGGAACAGUGCCAACGACGCCAACAGAGUCAACCAUCAAAACCACCACCAUCACCACCAUCACGAUGACGCCGAUGCUCACAUCCAUCAUGUCAGCGAUGACAAUGUCAAUCUUCCUCCCCUGGAUAUGAACAGACGCUGGGAAUACGUCCGCCCGUAUCCCAUAGCGUGUGACAGCCCGCCUGAGCAGGAGGUUGAAGAGGACUCGCAGAGUGUGUCUGAGGGAGGGAGCUCGUGGAGUGAUUCAACGCUGGGCUAUGUGCCUUGA